ACGCGAGGUAUAGGCCAGGUGUGAGAGUCGCGUGCACGUUAGUUUUUUUAUUCGGACGAAAAAGUAAAAACUGUGACGUUUUUGGAUUGAAAAGUGAUUUGUGAACUACUAAAAAAGAACUCAGAACUUCAAAAACUAACGUGGACUAUGAAGAUAUAAAUCCUAAUUAAUAUAAACCAUCAAGUACUGCUGCACCGUUUUUAACAUGAAGACUACCAUCAUCUUAAAACCUCCAAAAUAAAUCUUUCUUGUUUGCUUUUUUUGUUGAAAAAGUGACACAAGCAGGACGGUACUACUCUGGUGUGAAACAUGAUCAUGAUGGACAUUGGUGCUAUGUACGGUCAUCCUAAUCAACAUGGUACUACUUACAACGCCACGGACUCAAACUAUUACGGUUACAGUAACGGUACUACUGAGUUAACUAGUCAUUCGAUGGGGAACCAUCCCCAAUAUGGUGUAAGUGCGGGAGGUGGUGGUGCUGGUGGCAAUGGGGGGUACCCUGGAACGGGAGGGUACCAUGCGACGAGUCCUUUCGAGGAUGGAACUUAUUUAUAUGGCGUUGGAGGUGCUUCCACCGAUUCCGGCGUCGAUACCCCUCCUUCCCCUCAAGACCUCAAUUACUACCCCCAUCAGUCCGGGCACCAAGACAGCUCCAUCAUCAGCACGGAGACCGGUCUGAGCUACACCAACCUAGACUACGCCAACUCCAACAGUUCUUCCUUGUACCACCACCACCAACAACCUGGUUACAGCGACCCAACGUACUCCAGGGGUACCCACGAGCUCCUGUUGCGUCACCACGAUGAAUCGGGUGAUCAGAAUCCGUAUCUGCACGAAACAAAGUACCACGGACACCAGCUGGAGCAUGGCGAGGGGUCGUACCACGUCCAUCCGCAUUUAAUGUCGCCGCAAGCGAACGCGUCCUGUAUGGAGUUCCAGCAUUUAUCCAGAUAUAAAGAGGAGAUGAUAGGCGAUGGAAGACUGAGGCAACAUCCAGGAAUGCACGGCAUUGGUCCUGGUCAGCAACAACAACCAGCAUUGCCAACCUACAAAUGGAUGCAAGUUAAAAGAAACGUUCCUAAACCAGCCGCUUCCAAAGUGUCUCCAGUUUCAAUCGCCGACUACUCCAGCCAAACGCCAAAUUUGGAGGUGCAAAAUCCCGCAACCAGGAACCCUUGUCUUGGUUCCAACGCUUCCAGUCUGCUCAGCAUCAAUUGUUUGAAUACCGGCAGAACCAACUUCACCAACAAACAACUUACUGAAUUGGAGAAAGAGUUCCACUUCAACAAGUACUUAACUAGAGCAAGAAGAAUUGAAAUCGCUUCAGCGCUACAACUGAAUGAAACGCAAGUGAAAAUCUGGUUCCAAAACCGCAGAAUGAAGCAGAAAAAACGCAUGAAAGAAGGUCUAAUACCACCCGAACCCAUAAUCAGUACCAGGAGCACGAGCAACUCGCCAACCUCCACCAACAACUGUUUGCAGACAGAGCCUCCAGCUGGUAGCAGCGAAAACAGCAGAGAAUCAAACUAAAGAAUCAAAUAAAUAAAGAACUACAAAAUAAAAAUUAAUGAAAGUUGUCGUGCAAGUCAUCGAAUUAUUUCGGGAAUGCACGUUUUUUAUACUUUGACUUUUGACAAGGACUUUAGGGAUUUUUUUAGGCAGAAUACUUAUAAGAUUCUAAAGAAAGUAAAAAUAAGCUCUUAGUUACGAAAACAUAGAUCCGCAACAUUGAAAAAUAUUUUUAACAAAAUUUACACUUUUUCUGUAAAUUUGCAGAUUUUCUGCAGAUUCUAAAUUUACACUUUUUUUG